UCAAUCCUAAUAACCAAUUCGGACCGGUUUAAUGUGUUCGCUACGGUGUUAAACGACAGCGUUUUGAAAGAGAUGGAAUUGGGUCAAUCUAUUUCGCGGUUGCAGAUGAGGAGGAGAUUAGCGUUUCAGAGAGAAGUAGUCGACGAAGUGUCUUGCUUCCAAUAUCCAUCCCCUCUCCAACGAGAGCCUAUAACUCUUAAAAACUACAGUAUCUCUCUCGUCAUGUACUGUACCUUGCGAUUUCCGUUGCCUCUUCACGUUCCCCGAGCUCGAACAAUGGCGUCCUGUAAGCCGAAACGACGCCGUGUGGAGCACUUGCGGUGCUGCGCUCAAUCUAGGCUCCGUGAAGGUGACGAAGACGAAGGAGAAGAAGAGGCAGACUAUAAGAGUGGUAGAGUUCAAGGAGUAGUUUCGAUUGUGGUGGAGAGAUACGGAAACGGCUCUUCGAAAAGAUAUUUGCUAGAUGAUGAUGAUGACUCGCCUUUACAAGGCUUUCUCGAGGAGCGUGAACCAAAGCCUGGCAACAAAUCUCAGGAAUUAAAUUCCGCAGAGACGAACACGCUUUGGCUUCCUGAUGUUGUCAAGGAUUUUGUUUUUCCCACCGGCUUUCCUGGGUCGGUUUCAGAUGAUUACUUGGACUACAUGCUGUGGCAGUUCCCAACCAAUGUUACCGGGUGGAUUUGUAAUGCAGUUGGCGUUGGCUCUUUUUCAGGAACUUCUGCUGCCGCUACCGCUGCUGCCUCUGCUGCAGCCAUAAGAUGGGUAUCCAAGGAUGGAAUUGGAGCUCUUGGCCGUCUUCUUAUUGGUGGACGUUUUGGUAGUCUUUUUGACGAUGAUCCUAAGCAAUGGCGCAUGUAUGCAGAUCUUAUUGGCAGUGCUGGAAGCUUCUUCGAUCUGGCAACACAACUAUAUCCAACCCAGUUCCUGCUGUUGGCGUCCACCGGAAAUCUUGCCAAGGCUGUGGCUAGAGGACUGAGAGACCCUUCAUUCAGGGUGAUUCAGAAUCAUUUUGCUAUCUCAGGGAAUCUUGGAGAGGUAGCAGCCAAGGAGGAAGUGUGGGAAGUUGCUGCUCAGCUAAUUGGUCUCGGUCUCGGCAUUAUGAUCAUUGACACCCCGGGCCUUGUAAAGUCAUUUCCCUUUGUGUCACUUACAUGGACGAGCAUAAGACUUGUUCAUCUCUGGCUACGCUACCAGUCGCUUGCAGUCCUUCAAUUUAACACGGUAAACCUCAAGCGUGCUCGGAUCCUAGUACAAUCUCAUGUUACGCACUCCGUUGUACCAGGAUUUGUUGACUGCAACAAGCGAGAAAACAUUUUGUUAUGGCAGAGAUUCAUGAAACCUCGGAUCAUUUUUGGUGUGUCUCUUGAGGAAGUAUCUGGUCUGGAAAAAUCUGUUUAUAAAGUCAAAGCACUCCUUAAGAUGUACACAAGGGAGAAAUAUAUCCUUACGUUGAAUAAGUUGAACAAGGAUACCGACUACUUGAGAAGUAUAUGGGAUAAGGCUAAACUGAGGGAACAUAGGUUCUUCACCUUGUUGGAGAGAGUGAAUGCCACAAGCAGAGACGUGUUGAGAUGUCUUUGGCAAGCAUAUUGGUUAUACGAGAACAUGGAACAAAGCUUUAAAGACAAAGAUAGUGUGUUCCACUGGCUGAAGCAAAGCUUGUCGGAGAUGGACAACAAGUUUGAUGAUUUCUUGGUCAAGUUGGAUACUGCUGGAUGGAAUUUACGUGAAUCUAACUUGAAGAUUCCUAACCAUAUCCUCAUCGACCACGAAUCUACGAUCCCUCCCUAA